UUGAGGGCAGAUACAGAUACCGAUUAUUAGUAAUGGAAAAAAAAACAGUAACCGAUAUUUGCCACCGAUGUAUAUUUGCAGGACAAAAGUUACACAGUGGACCUUUUUUUAAAUUUAUUCAUUUUAUUGUCUAUCUGAAUAGAAAGGAAAAAACCCUGAAUAUCAGAUCCAAUAAUCUGUCGUACACUAACAGAAAUGUCAGUGUCACCAUUAUUCCAAAUACUGUAUCAGCUCAGACUUUGAUAUGUACUCAUCUGCAGUCAGUUAUAACAAACAGUAGACAUACACGUUUUCAGCCUCAACACAGCUCAUUAAUUAGAAGUCAGAAUGCAGUCCAAAUGGAGUGAUUGUAGUUGUUGGAUUCUUUCUUCCUCUCCACCAUGUUUCCAUCAAGGUAGACUCAUGAGUUUGACAUCAUUGUUUUGCAUUGAUGAAAGGAUCUGAUAACCAUCUCUAGUAUGCUUCAAAAUACCGAUUCUGCUAUGUACGUUAUAUUAACAGUAACCCUUUAGAUUAUUAGUUCCACAGCAACAGCUGCAACAGGAAGUUGGGCAUACUCAUAGCACAACCUACUGGAAACAGGAAGUAAGCCUGGCAAUCAUCAUCUGAUUUGUGUGACUUUUAAUUUUUCGCAAUGUUGUCCACACAUAAUACUGGUGCAUGAAGCAACCGCAGCAGCGCGCAGACUGCCAGGCCCUGAUUAUCACUUUAAAAUACAAAAUGUAUGUAAAAAUCAGAAUUUCCAGGCAGAUAUAACUAACACUGAAGUCAUCACUUCAUGCUGUCCUGCUGACUCUAAAGAUGUGAUUGUUCAGAUAGUCCAUCAUUUCAACUUGAAACACAUUACCAGCAACCUGUCUCACAUUAUCAACAGGUUGCAUGGUCUCUUAGACUCUGGAUUAGGUGGUUUGUCAGCCCCACACAUUGAAAUCUAUUAACGCUCAGUGGUGUUACCGGCAUUAAAGACUACUGUCACUACAUUAUAAUGAAAUGAAUUCUUUCACUUGUAUUUGUUGUUGGGGUGUGUCCUAACUGUCAAACCCCCAGCAGUGGUAACUGUGGUAUUGCCCCAGGUGUUUGAUUGCUGUGCAGCUCUGUGAGGAGAAUACUGCAGUUUUCUGGAAGGGUGGAGCUGUGGCCUUAAUGAGUUUGAGCAGUGACUGCUGGGUUCAACAGAAGUGAGCCUUCUCGCUUCCUUUCUCAUUAGGCACUCGUGAGAAAAUGGCAGCGGGUAAAGACAAGAAGUAACAGUCCCACACUAACUCAUAUUUUUUAUGGGGGCAAGUAAAACUUGACUCUGGGCAAGCAGAUUUCCAAUCCACUUGGGUAAGUGAAAGAAACUAACAUACCCUGUACCAUAUGUUGCAUUAUAUGCCUCCUGCCUCUGAAGCUGGUCAGGAUUUAGUGUCAGGAAGCGGGAAAGUUGCAAAUUGCGACCAAAUAAAAACCGCUUGCUGUCCAAGCGUGUAGGAGAAACUACAGCGGACGUGUAACUCGCACAAAGUUCAGACCUAGAGCCAGUGUUUGUCCGUUCUGGGCUACUGUAGAAACAGGGUGGUUCAACGUGGCGGACUCUGUAGAUAAAAAUGACAACAUACCUAUGAAUAUUAAAUUAUAAAUAAAUAGAUCCUCCUAAAUGUUACACACUGGACAUUUAAUGGUGAGCAAGACACAUUCUGUUGUGUAUUUUCUCAUCUCUGCACUGCCACCGAUCACUGAAGUGUGCACGGUCAGAGUUUCUAAAUAGACAUUUUUUUCUUGUUUUUGUGUAGAUGGUGUGUUCGAGCGACGGAUGGAUGUGGCUCUGUGGUCCGGCAGAGCCACUGCAGGGGACACCACCAGCAAGCUGAUUUACUCUGAGAGCAUCAAGAGUAAGUCUCCAGAUGUGGAGCUGGUGGAGCCAGAGGAAGUGCUGGUGAAGGAGGAGAAGGUGGAGGCAAACAUGUCACAAAUUGAAGAAAUAUUGGAAGACGUCCCGCUUAUAGGAGAUGAUGGAGUGGUGGAGUGUGUCCCUUGCGGAGCUGUGGGACAGAGACCCGGCCUUGAACAGCAGGACACCCAGUCCACUUCCAGCCAGUCGCAGUCCCAGAUCCAGAGCAGCAGCAGGAGGCGUGCCGGCAGCAGCGGCAGAGGAGUGGAGAAGGAGAAGGAGGAGCCGGAUGUGGUACUGGUGAAGGUGGAGGAGGUAGAACCGGUGACGGAGACUCAGAGCCAGACAGGCCUCAGCAUACAGGAGGGGCUGGUGGAGUCGAGCACCGAUGACUACAGAGCAGUUCUGCCGUUUGAUGAAACCACUCAAGCCUCCACUAAUCAGCUGUCUGACCUGCAGGAGUCUGGCCGGGGCUUCUCAGAGUCCGCAGCACCUCAGUCAACCCCCAUAACCUCGCAGGACCCCAGCAGUGUCGUGGCUGUCCAGCUGCGGGUACCAGACACCAACACACCAGCUAGCCCCAACACACAGCAGAGAUCCAACAACCCUCUCAGCUCGGAGUACUCUCUGUUUGAACUGGAGACAUUCUUCACCCGCUGGGCCCCCGACAAUGACUCCGUAUCGGCCCCUUCAUGCUCUUUGACCACCGAUGACUCGGCAGAGUGUGACCAGGAUGGAGUUAUCAUUGUAGAGACUGAACCUCAGCAUGUGUCUCAGCCAGCACAGGGCUCCAUGUCCUCAGCGGAGAGGGUGAAUGGAGGGCAGGUUUUCUCCUCUGCAUCCAGAGUUCACAUCCAGCAGGCGACGUCACAAG